ACGUGAAAAAUUCGAGUAUGCUUCGUGUUUGUUGUUAUUGUUUAUGAAAACGAGAAUAGUUAUCAUGCUAUUUUAUAAAAUAUGGCUACUUUCAAUCGCAAUACAAUUUUGUUUUGUUGUCGGCAAGAGAAAAGACGCACUGACGUCAUUACGAGACACAAUAGAAUUAGCAAGUUCAGAAAACCCAGGGUCAGUUAGUGGCAAUGUGUUAACGGAACCCCAAAAAGAAGCCGUUUUACAGCUUCAUAAUGCUUUUCGUUCCAUGGUCAAACCUGUCGCAAGUAAUAUGUUAAAAAUGGUAUGGGAUAAAGAUCUAGAAAAGAUAGCCUCGGAAUUUGCCAAUAAAUGCAUUGUUGCGCAUAACCCUGAUAGGCAUAAAUUAGCAAAAAAUUAUGACUGGGUGGGCGAGAAUAUCGCAUGGGGUACCGGAGUUUGCGGAGAUAAAGAUUGCGGAGAUGUUUAUGAAGGAGUUAAAAGGUGGUUUAGUGAAAGCAAAAGUUAUAACUAUUUGACCGGUCAAUGUUCCGGAAAAUGUACUCUGUAUACACAAAUGGUUUGGUGGGAGAGUAAUAAAUUAGGUUGUGGAGCUAAGAAGUGCGGAGACAGAACCAUACUAGUGUGCAAUUACGCUCCUGGCGGUAACUACGUAGGACAGAGACCUUACAAAACAGGAAAAGCGUGUCAAGAUUGUCCAAGUGGUAUGACUUGUGAGGAUAACUUAUGUGUUGAAAAAAAAAAUAAUAUUGACGAAAAUAAAGAGGAGGCAUCUAAAAAGGAUGACGAUAGAAAUGAUGACGUAAAUAAAGUUGAAUGUAAAGAUUGUACACCACGUACACCUACCGCUAGACCAGUUUCCACGAAACGUCUGGCCACUGCUCCAUUAGCUCAACAAGGAACCCAUAUGCUUCCAGCCGGCUGGAAAGAGUUUCCGGUUCAUUUGACCCAAAUCGACUCCGGUAUCAUUCCGUUUGUUUGGGGGAUGAAUGGCAAGCACAAUGUGUUUGUGCUACAAGAAAAUCAUCAGUUAGCACCGGUAUUAGAUAUCCCGAUGCACCACGUCACUGCAGGUCAAUCUGGAAUUUGGGCUGUCGAUUUGCUGGGAAAUAUCUUCUUUCGCAAAGGCGUCACACCAGAAAACAUAAAAGGUACUAGUUGGCGAAAAAUACCUGGUAAUCUUAAACAGAUUGAUUCCGGUCCAACUGGUGUUGUUUGGGGUGUCAAUCGCUAUGAUAGUAUAUUUUGCAGGAUAGAAAUUAAAAAGCAUACACAUCCAGAAGGCACAGGUUGGAUGCGGGUAGAGGGAGAUAUGAAAUAUGUUUCUUGUGGUGAAUAUGGCUGCUGGGCGAUUAACAGGCGGGAUAACGUGUAUUUUCGUGUCGGCAUAACUGACGGCGUGCCUGAGGGGAUUCAAUGGACAGUUGUCCCUGGUAAACUUCGUAUGGUUGAAAGUGGACCCGGUGGUGUAACAGUGGGUCUGAGUGACACUAAUGAUCUUCUUGUUCGUGCUGGUGUUGUUGCUGAAAAACCGGAAGGAACGAAUUGGAUCAACAUGGAUUUAAAACUUGCUCACGUUACUGUUGGGGAUCGUGGUAUUAUUGCCAUCCUACCAGAUGGAACGGUAGCAAUUCAUAGUGAUUUAAACAGUUUCAUAUCUCAAAUGCCCACACUGGCACCCACCACUGUUCUUCCUACGAAAGUCUUACCUUUGGAUGGAACCACUCUGCCAACAACUCGCAUUACAACCCUAAAACCGACCACACAAAACUUAUCACCCAGUCUUCUGCCAACAAGCAUGCCUACUAAGACGACGUCAGCCAAUCUAAAGCAGCCUGGUCCGAGUUUAGCGGAGUCUUUGUCUGCGUUAACAGGAAAAAGUAAAUCGAACCAAGAAAAACUUCAUAUUACACCUGAUAUGGCAGCAAGGAUUUUGAAGCUAAUCGAACAAAAAGGAAAUCAAUUUGAGGAGGAACAUAAAGCUGCAGGAGAAACAAUGUUGCGAAACGUGACCGCGACUAAAGACGAUGACGCGACGUCACUCCCGCAGACAGUCGGGAAAAGUAAAGCGACAAAAGCAACUAGCGAACAAAAACAAAAUGCCAAAGAAAGUACAAAGCCUUCAGAAAGUCACAAAAGCAAGAAAGUACACGUUACUACUCCUGCUCCUGCUCCGCCUCCGCCUCCCCCAUCACCACCGUCUCCAUCACCACCCCCUCCAUCACCACCACCACCGCCUCCUCUGUCACCACCCCCGCCCCCACCACCUCCACCACUGCCGCCAACUGCACAACCUAUAGCUCCGCGACCUUCUCCUACUGCAGCAAAAGAGCCAGUUGUUGCUGUGAACAUAAACCAGCCACCACAUCAAGCUACACAACCAACUCAUGCCACUAAAAAAAAGACAACCCCUCAGCCAUCCACAACAUCUCCUGCUCAUACAAGCCCAACACAACCAAGUGAUCAAGAUGAAAAUGUUAUAAACCUUCACAGUGAGGAAAACAAUCAACAGUAUCCUCAUCCGAGACUACCGACGCGACAUCCACCCACACACAGGCCUUUUACGCAUAAAAAGACAACUGCUGAUAAUCGUUUAAAAACUCAAACCCAUAAAAAUUGGGUGCAUUCCCUUGCUCCUGUAAUUACGAGGCCGACUGCUGCGAUUAUCAAACCACGUCCGACAGUUGCUGCACCUCACGCAGAAAGUAUGCUAUCACAUCCUACCUUUGGUCAGGAUCGAAUGAAGGUCAAGGUUCAGAGACUACUAGGCAAGGGACGUGUGGGUAACUCUAAGGUAGCUUACCUUGGUCCACAACCAACUGCUAUAAUAACUUCUGCUAAAAAUCCUGUUACUGUUCCGAUGGAGCUGACACGGUCGUGUUGUACAAUACCAGACAGCGUAUGCCCUAUACCCAAAGAUUGUGUUGGCUACAUUGAAUGUCAUGGUUAUCGAGGCAAUUAUAGAAAGUGUGAGCGAGGCCAGUUAUUUAAUCCAGUCACAAAUAUAUGUGACUACCCAAGAAAUGUUGAUUGUGAUUCAAAAUCGAAAGCCAGUAUCGAGAGUGAUGUCCAACAACCAGGGUACACAGUGCUUCAACCACCGUCAGAACCAAACAUUGUAAAUACUGCACUGCAACCAGCCGCUGAUACAAGCGUUAUUCCACAAUUUGUGGAAACAUCGUCAAAUAUGAUUCCGGCGCAAAGGGACGAACCAGCUAAAGUAGAAGUGAAUGGUCAAAAUCCUGCGCAACCAAGAGUAAACCCACCUCACACUGGAUCGAAAGAAGAUGAUGGAGUAUUGCGAGAAGUAUGGUUUGGUUUAGGAUUAAGUCCACUGUUAACAUUACUAACAAAUAAUCCUCGUUUUCCAACUAACCCAGAUGAAUAUAUCGUGCUGGAUAAAUUUGAAGCACCGCCGAAUGCAGGGGAUGGCUAUGGACAGCGGUUAUCAACUUACUAUAAAGCUCCACAGACGGGGGAGUACACGUUCUACAUUUCUUGCGACAAUGAGUGUGAACUGUGGAUCAGUCCAGAUACAGAAGAAAUUCAUUCCAACCUUAUUUUGGAGCUAAAACAUGGGCAUUUCACGUCCUUUCGACAAUGGAAAAAAUAUCCCGAAGAACAGACCUCACGUGGUAUAUAUCUUCAACAAGGAGAAUAUUAUUUUAUGGAAAGUUUCAUGAAAGAGGGAUCAGGGGGGGACGAUCUGAGCAUAGGUGUCAAACUUCCCAACGGAGAAACAGAAUUACCCAUGUGGAAAAACUUGUACCUUGUUCCAGGUGAUGUUGGAACUACCGGCGUUCGAAAACCAGGUCAACCAGUGCAAGCGUCUGCAGCUGAACCGGCUGAAAAGUAUCAACAAAAUAACCAACAACAACCUGCUCUAUCAGAACAGAUAACACCUCAACCGCAGACACCGGUCGCUCAAGAAACCACACAAGAAACGUCUAAAAUCUAUCCAAUGCAGCCCGAACAUAUGGGACCGCAACCUGGCCAGACUGCAGAACAGUGGGUGGAAGAGAACAACAAACGCAAACCAGGGUCCACUUCCGGUCUAGCUGGCAGUGAAAAUCCUGAAUUUGCUUCCGUUGCGAACAACGAAGAGAAUAUUCCAGGAGCUGAAAUGUACAUGAAUCAUAAUAAACCAAACCUUAUUGAACAGACUGGUGAACAACCUGUCUCUGUUAAACGAGACAAAAUAAUUCAUGCAAAUUUCACUACUAUAAAAUAAUACAGUUUAAAAUGAGCAUGAUCACGACACCACUGCACAUUGUUCACGUUGCUAACAGUAACAACCACACGUCGAAACCGUCGUUCUGCGAGUUCUUGAGGACAUACUUGAUCUUCCUAACAAGCAUAAAAAAUCGUUUUUACGAUAAAAAAAACUUGCCGUUUAAAGUACCGUUUCUAGUCAGAAACUGAAAACUAGAAUAAAACGUUAAAUCAAAAAAUUAACUCUUAUAAUAAGUUGUAUUUUUCUAGCGCAUAUAAAUAUUCAUUAAAAAAGCUUUUGUAAA